AUGAAGCUUCUCGGUUUCCUUCCAUUCCUUGCACUCCCUUUGGUCUUUGCUGCCACAAAAGAUAGCAAAUCCCAACUUGUCUCCCUUGCCGCUUCAGGGAAUGGUGUGAUCAGGCUCGAUGCAUCGGCUUUUGAUUUACUUACUGCCCCCAACCGUGACUGGUCCGCAUCUAUACAUUUUACUGCCCUAGACAAGAGACGACGUUGUGCACCCUGCAAAGAAUUUGACCCAGCUUGGAACUCUGUUGCAAAGGCUUGGGCCACUGUCCCUGCGGAACAACGCGACAAUCAUUUCUUUGCCACUCUAGACUUUGAUGAAGCACCAACCGUCUUCCAAAAGUUGAAUUUGGCCUCCGCUCCUGUUGUUUGGGUUUAUGGUCCUACGGAAGGUCCUCGUGCAAGUGGAAGAAAUGUACCUUCCAAAUACGACUUCUCCAACGGAUUCGAGGCAGAGCCUCUCGCCCAGCACUUGUCCAAUCACACCCCCAUUCCUAUCCCAUACAAGGCACCCAUCGACUGGGCCCGCUGGAUUACCUUCAUCAGCGGACUUUUGGGCUUCGCUCUUACUCUUCGAUUCAUUGCACCCGUCCUACAAAACCGUUGGACUUGGGCUAUCAUCACCAUCGUCACUUCUCUCACUAUGACUGGUGGAUUCAUGUUCACUCGUAUUCGCGGUUCUCCGUACACUGGGGCAGAUGGUUCUUGGAUCGCUGGCGGAUAUCAGAAUCAAUUUGGACAGGAAGUUCAAGUUGUUGCUCUCAUAUAUGGUACCUUGGCUUUCUCUGUAGUCAUGUUGACCAUGAUUGUUCCCUAUCAAACUUCACCGGCUCGCCAAAGGCUUCAAGUCUAUCUCUGGAGUGGAGUUCUCAUGCUUGUUUAUUCUGUAUUGGUUACCCUCUUCAGAGUCAAAAACAGAGGAUACCCUUUCAAACUACUCUUGUAG